AUGUCAAAGACCAACUCAAAACAAAAUCAAUAUCAACUAAAAUUAAAUAUCAAUAGCAAUUCCAAACCCACCCAACUUUGUACCAUUUCAAAAAAUAGAUUAAGACAACAAAAAGCAUGGGAUUUAGCUCUAAGUCCAGCCAAACAGAUUCCCAUGCAAGCGUUUAUGAUGUGGAUGAGUGGUAAUGGUGUUCAAAUCUUUAGUGUGAUGAUGGUGUAUAUGUUAAUAAAAGGUGCAAUCACUUCAACCUUAUCAGUAAACCAAGUUUUCAAAAGCUUUAUGCCACAACUCAGCUCAAGCAUUGGAAAUCCUUCUUCAACGAACGGUCAAUCCACUUAUGAUUUAAGAUUUCAAAAACUUUCAUUUAUUACUUUUCAACUUGGUUUACUUGGACUUGGACUUUAUAAAGUUAAUACCAUGGGUCUCUUACCUACUAGACUUUCAGAUUGGAUUAUGUAUGAACCUAGACCGGCUGGAGCUGAAAGGUUCCUUAGUGAAGAAGUUCUGGGAAUUGUUAUUAACCAUUAAUUCGAAUCUAAAAACUUUUGUUUUCUAUCUCUCUUCUUGAAAGUUUUUGACUUCCAAACUCACUCAUGUCACUUCAAUUCACUCAAUAGUGUUCAUUACUUCUUCUUUUAUACUCUAUUUUUUAUUCCAUAUUUGAUCAAAUCGAUUACUAGAUCUAGUUAAUCAAAACUUGUUUUAUGUUGUAAAGUAAAUCUAAGAUAUAAUUUCAAACAUGAUCAAAUUGAAUCUUUUUUUUCUUAUUCUAGAUGAGUCGUUUUGAUAUAUUGUAAGAAAUUCAAUCCAUUUUAUCAAUCG